AGGCGAAGCAGCUCCAGCAAUUGCUGGCGGGUCUACUCCUCAGUCAGACACCCACAACAGAAUGUCUCUGCUCUUGCUGCAGAGUAUGUUUCUGCUGGUGCUGGCGACGGUCAUCAUUAUUGUCUGCGAGGUGAAAACUGUUUUGGAGAUUGAAGUUGGUCGAAGACAGACCCCCUAUUUCCAAAACGGUUCAGACGAUACUGUAUCAGAGUCUAUAACCAACGAACUAAACAAGACGGAUGAUCUGCCCAAUAAGACAAAUGGGUUCUCUCGUGUGCCGACUGUGAAUACCGUUGUUAUGAGGAGCGAUAGGAAGACCACACCACGAAUAAGUGUUAUUCAUUGCAAUUGUUCAAUUCGAAAGUCUCGGGGUGGUGCAACAACAGUGCAAAAGUUAGACUCUGUGAUAUCUUGGCUCAACGAGACCACCAAGGAACAUCUGACAAAACACCACCCGAACCUUCCAAUAGACUUCCUGUAUAAAAUUAGCGGGGAACGUAGUUGUAACUUACUACCAACACUCUUCCACAUCGAGUGGAGGAACAAACACUGGCAAGAAACAAAAAUUUUCAACACCACCAUUCACUUGUACUCCGCCUUCUACGACCCCAACCCAGACGGAGAACCCUGCGUGAGACUGCUCGGUGUCACCAAGAGUACCAAGCCCCACAGUGGAUGGUGUCAACUCUGGUUCACCUCAAAAGAUCCUCCCGUCGUCAGCAAAGUCACCACCUCCGAAUUCGUGGAUUGGCAAAACAAGGACAGCAGCCGUCAGAUGCCCUACCUGUUCACCUGUCUCCUGCCAUCUGAGGUGCGCCACCUCCAGCCUGCUGCUGUCUCCCUCGUCCAGAAACCCUGCCAGAUUGCUACUAACUUACUAAAGGCGGUGGGCGGGAAGGAGAGAGAGUCGUCAGCUUACCAACAUGGACAAAUACCUGAUGAUCCUGGCAG